GCAGGACCUCCACUAAGUCACUGGACCAAGUGGGAUCGUGAAGGAACGUUCAUACAACUGGACAUCUGUAUUAAUUUACAGCUUGAAGAAGCCCCUACCAAAGGAACUGAGAGGGACUGACGAACAGAGCUUUCAUAAAUUUGGUUUUAAUUUCUAGAGGUCAGUAAAGGAAGCCAGAUGACAGACUUUAGGGCAGCUCUAAAGCCCCGUUCGGGGCCUAAGCCAGGGUCUGAGAUCAAGACAAGCACCCCAAUAAAGGUUGACUUUAGAUCAUUGCUCAACAAGAAAGAUGGUUCACCCAAAGCACCUGCUGCCACGCCACCUCCAAGCAGCGCACCUUCAGACUUCAGGUCCGCCCUGAACAAGAAGCAAGCACCGGAACCAGAGAAGACUGAGGAAAAUGAACAGAAUUCAUCAAAGCUAGCACCCAAAACACCACAGAAGGAAAAGCAAAGUGAUGUCAAUGGCGUAAAUGGUGGUGCAAUUGAUAAAAAGGUUAACAUAAAGGAAAACGCAACAACAGAGAAAAAAGCCAGCAGCACUGAUGCAGGGACAACUGAAAAAAAGGAGAAAGCCAGCCCAGAGAAGAAGACAACUGAUGGACAGAUAACAGAGACAAACGACAAAAAGGCAAAAGUUGUGAAUGGGGGAGAGAAGGAUGCAGGAAAGCUGCCCGUUUUCAAACAGCCCCUCAGUGACAUCACUGUGGUGGAUGGAGAGAGGCUGAGGUUAGAGUGUCAGGUGACCUCUGACCCCCAAGCUGUCAUCACCUGGAUUCUUGAUGGGAAAAUUGUGAAAGCAUCUAAGUUCAUUGUCUUAUCACAGGAAGGUGAAAAGUGUUCACUUACAAUCGACAAGGCUCUACCAGAGGACGAAGGACGCUACACAUGUAAGGCAGAGAAUGCACAUGGUAAAGCAGAGUGUUCCUGUAUGGUCACUGUAGAUGAUCCCUCAGACCCAUCAGCAGAUAAGAAAAACAGGAAGAGCUCUUCUGCAACUCCCACUACAGAAAAUGAAGCCAGAAUAAAGAAGAAACCAGCUCCCGCCAAACAGGGUUCUCCGCCACAGUUUCUGCAGUUCCCUGGAGAUCAGAAGAUCAGGGCAGGAGAAAAGGUGGAGCUGUUGGGCAACUUUGGAGGGACGGCACCCAUAACUUGCACCUGGCUCAAAUUUAAAAAGUCGAUCCAGCCAGGAAGUGGGGGCAUUUCCAUAGAGACCACAGAGAACAGCAGCCACCUGACAAUCGCAGCGAGUGACCAAGAUCACUGUGGUUGCUACACUCUUGAACUGCAGAAUAAAUUUGGUACCAAGCAGGCCUCACUCAACCUCACUAUCGUAGAUAAGCCAGAUCCCCCAGCCGGCAUCCCUGCUGCCUCUGACAUCCGCAGGUCCUCGCUCACCCUCUCCUGGUACGGUCCCACUUACGAUGGAGGCAGCAUUGUCCAGUCCUACAACCUGGAGAUCUGGAAUUCGAUCGACAACACAUGGAAUGACCUCACCUCCUGUAACAACACCUCAUACCACGUCCAGAACCUUCUCACUGAUCGUCAGUACAAGUUCCGCAUUCGAGCUGUUAAUGUCUAUGGAGUUGGAGAGCCCAGUGCAGAAUCUGAGCGCAUUACAGUGGGAGUGGAGGAGGUAACAGAGAAAAAGGAAGAGGAGGAAGUUGGAGCCACUGUGUCUGAUGAUGAUGAGGAGAAAGAACCAGAAUACAGAGAUGUGGUCAUUAAGAAAGACUGCAGCGUGAAGGAUUUCUAUGAUAUAGAGGACCGCUUAGGAACGGGUAAAUUUGGUCAAGUCUUCAAACUUGUGGAAAAGUCCACCAAGAAGGUAUGGGCAGGGAAGUUCAUCAAGGCAUUCUCACAGAAGGAAAAAGAAAACGUGAGGCAGGAGAUUGACAUCAUGAACAGCCUCCACCAACCCAAACUGGUGCAAUGUGUGGACGCCUUUGAGGGAAAAUCUGACUUGGUCAUGGUUUUGGAGAUGAUUUCUGGCGGCGAGUUGUUUGAGCGAAUCGUUGAUGAGGAUUUCGAGCUGACUGAGCGAGAGGUGAUUAAGUACAUGCUGCAGAUCAUUGAUGGAGUUCAGUUUAUCCACAAGCAGGGCAUUGUCCACUUGGACCUCAAACCUGAGAACAUCAUGUGCAUCAACAAGACAGGAAGCAAGAUCAAGCUCAUUGACUUUGGACUUGCUCGAAGGCUAGAGGAUUCUGGCUCUCUGAAGGUUCUGUUUGGAACUCCUGAGUUUGUAGCUCCUGAGGUGAUCAACUACGAAGCUAUCAGCUACCCAACAGACAUGUGGAGUAUUGGCGUCAUCUGUUACAUUCUUGUCAGUGGUCUCUCUCCAUUCAUGGGAGACAAUGACAAUGAAACUCUUGCCAAUGUCACCUCAGCCACCUGGGAUUUUGAGGAUGAGGCGUUUGAUGAGAUUUCAGAUCAGGCCAAAGACUUCAUCAGCAGUCUCCUAAAAAAGGACAUGAGGGCCAGACUGACCUGCGCUCAGUGUUUAGAGCACUCUUGGCUCAAACAGGACACCAAAAAUAUGGAGGCUAAACAACUCUCCAAAGAGAGGAUGAAGAAGUACAUCCUGAGACGCCGCUGGCAGAAAACAGGGAAUGCAGUGCGAGCCAUCUCCAGGUUCAGCUCUAUGGGAAUGUUAGGAGGAAUCGGUCCAAAGAAAAGUUCCCCAACUGACGAAGAGCCUCCUGCACCGUUCCUUGAGAGUGUGGAGGAUGAAAACCGCACCCCUGUGGCCCCCAGGAUCUCCUCUGUCAUACAGGAUGUAGAAGUGGUGGAAGGCAGUGCUGCCCGCUUUGACUGCAAGAUUGAGGGCUACCCAGACCCUGAGGUUGUGUGGUACAAGGACGACCUGCCUAUUAAGGAGACGCGUCACUUCCAGAUUGACUAUGAAGAGGAUGGCCACUGUAGCCUGGUGAUCUCAGAGGUCUGUCCUGAUGAUGAUGCCAAGUACACCUGCAAAGCCGUCAACAGUCUGGGAGAAGCCUCCUGUACCGCUGAACUGAUGGUGGAGUUUAUGCAGGAGGAGGAAGGAGAGGAAGAGGAUUGAAUAAUGAUGGAAACAGGAGUGGAUAAUGAUGGAGAAGUGAAAGACGAUGUGAGAUAGAGGAGGAGAACGACUGAAUAACACAGGAACUAUGAAUAUCUUAAACAUUUUACACCAUUUUGAAUCUUCUGUUUUACACCAUCUUCAUAUUUCUUCUUACUGCCUAGAAUAGUUUGGAAAGAGCAACUGUUUUUGGGUAAAACUUUUUACCAAGAUCAAAAACAUUCCAGCUUGUGCCAUUGUGUCCAGACAAUUAUCCAGACUGAUUUACCAACAGGGACUACAAAACUAAAUGUGACAACCAUAUGCCUGUAUAGCAAUGAAAAAAAAUCCACCACUUGUUUUAUCAUACUGAUUACGUUACAUUGAUUUCAUCCAUGUCUGUAAUUUUGUAAGUCAGUAUACUUUUGUGCACACAUUUGACAUUUUAGGUCUGCACUGCAGUGUAAUCUAGUGGUAUAAACACGACAGUGCUUCUUCAAAUAACACUAGUCUAGUCUAUAUGGUAUUGGAAUCAAUAUGAAGACAGUUUAAAUACUUUUGGAGACUUUACUGUAUGAAGAUAUUAACUAAUGAUUAUAUUAUUAUGUUUUAUUUAAUAGUUAUAAGAAUUAUUGUUGCUAAAUGAUUGAAUGUAGUUAAUUCAGUCGUUUAGAAACUGUAGCUGAUAGAAGAACGUGACCAUCAUUAGACUCUGUGCUGUUUGCACUUUGAAUUAAUUUUGCCCUCUUUGAGUUAAUUCACUUGCAUGACAGAGCAAUGAGGUAAAUUUUGUGCAGCAACCUGCAAUACAACCCCUCACAUGAUAUUUAUAAACCCCGUACAGGCUUCUGCUGCCUUUGAGUGUCUGCACUAUUCUCUGAGAAUGAAUUAGUCAUAGAAUUCAAACUCAGAGCUGUUUUGUCUUAUCUUUUAAUUUUCACUACACAUAUAAUGCUUUAAAUUUCCCAUCACAUCAGAAGUAGUAUAUUAAAACGUAUAACACAAAUCAACAAAUCUAUUGGCCCUGUUUGUUAGUUUUGGUUUAAUCAGCAUAAUUGGCAGUGAAUUUCUGAACAGUGGACAUAUAAAUAAAGUGUUUCCCUUCUGUGUUUUUGUGACAAUUAUGUUGUUUGUUUGUCAAAAUUGCAGUUAUUUUUCAGAUGCAGAUUUUCAUCAUAUUAGCAUGCAAUGGCACUAUUUCUUUUUCAGGCAGUUCAAAGCACAGCGUGACCCUUGCGAAAAAGAAGUGUGCUUAAUUGUACUGAAUG